GUCUCAGGGAGGAAGUGAACCAGUUUGAGCCAGUUUGCUCAGUCUUGGCAGCAGAUCGACCCGACAUUAUCAAAUUAACCUCUAAAUCUUCAGCCUCUGAACCCGCGGGCUUCUCUCCUCACAUACCCAGCGUAUACAUUACAAACAUGGCGAGGAUAAAAGACCCUUUUGGGAUGGAUAUUUACAGAAACCUGCAGUUUAAAAGAAGUUGAAGAUGCGUAUUGGGGACUUUGAGGACUGGCUUCCAACAUCAGCACCUUUCACCUCUGUCUCAUCCCCAAUAUCCCUCCAAAGAUCAAACCCAGGCUCUCUCUUAGGCAGAGUCCUGUGCUACUUUCAAUCAGACAUCAGCAGUUUUAACACAGACAUGGGUGGUAAUGAAGGAGGAGGACGUGGAUUGGAUCGCUGGAGCUUGUUCGGUGCUCGUCCUGUGGUGCAGAAAUCCCCCACAGACCCCGGCUCUGACUCCAGCACUUCUGGGGGAUUCAGUCUGCAGUCGUAUUUCGGCGUACCGAAAUCGACUACACUGGACGGCAUCAAGACCCAAGUAAACCUCUCAGUUGAAGAUCCAGCCAAUUUCAAAUCUGCCAAGAUCGACGUAGGAGGAGUGGAGGGGAAAAAAGCACCCCCCCACAAACUCAAACACCGGGACAUGAACAUUCUCACCCCAUCCGGCUUCUGACCACUGAAUCCACCUUCUCCUUCCCCAUUCCCACGUAAUGUUCCACAAUCUGCUCUGUUUAUUAUGUUCCCUCUAAAUAAUCAGGUCUAACAAACAGCAUUUAGAUAAGCACAGAUAAAAUCAUCAUAAAAGUACAUUUACACCUUUACACAUGUAGAUACAUUCACACCUAAAUAAACCACACCCCUCUGAACCCCCUUCCAUCGGUGCCAGACUUCAUUGCUCAGAUAAAAGCAGACAAACACACACACGUCCAAACAGUUCUGCAACAUCUAAACCACACUAUGUAGUCAGUGUUAGUCAGAACACCAGAAUAUCCUGAAGUGAGCUUUGUUAAUAGUUGUGGCUUUGAAUAGAGUGGAUAUAUCCGCAUUCUUUGCAUAACAACAUAUAAAUAAAUUAAACUAUAGAGUACGGAUUUAUUCAAUAGAUCAAGCUCAUUCUCAAGCCUGUAAACGAUAGAACAUCCACUUACCGUCUGCCACUUCUGAAUGUGAUGAAAUUUACUGUGCCACUCAAGCAAGACAGACCACUUUGAACAAGAUAUUUCAAUGGUGCACGUGAAACUUGCUCCAGCAGUUGUCCUCCAGCAGUGUAAGGGAUAGUGUGCGAUAUAAUGAUUUCAGUCAAGUGUAAUCAGGGUUUCAGCUUUGUUUGAGCCUUGUUCUCGGCUAAAUUAAGGCUCUUUCACAGUAAAAAUGGUUUUUGUGGACAAAAAAAAGGUGAUUUUAACAUAGUAAAGCUCCUUAGCAAUGGAAGCUAAAGUUCGCAGUUCUUUGUGGAAUAGAAUUUUUGCAUACAAACUAAUUAAGCAGCUUUAGAAAGUCCACUUUCACACAUCAGGUAAAAGUGAGCCAAAUCAGCCAUAUGUGUCACAUUGUAAAAAUCUCUAUUGUAAUCUUUGAUUUGUGGCAAAGCACCUCAGUCUAAAUAGCCUAAACGAAAUUUAUGCAACUUUUAAGUUAAGACGAUGGAAAAUAAAGGCUGGGGAGAGAAUGGAAAAUGGAUGACAGCAGUGAGUGAGGGUUUUGUUAGCGGGAUAAUGAGAUGACAGACCUCAAACAUUAGGAAUGUCUCUGUUCAAACUAAACUAGAAGGUUUGUGUUGCAGCUGCUUGGUGUUUCUAAUGAAAUUGACAAAUAUGGCCACAAGAGGGUGCUGCUGCAAUGUUGAAGAAUAAUAAAAAACUUAAAAGUGAAGAGUAACGAGGGAGAGAAACUUAAAAAGUGGCCGUGGUUGAACAACAUACUCUUUCUACAGUGAGCUGGAACUCAUUGUCCAUGAUGUUGGAAAAGUAAUUAAACGCAAACUUCACGUGAAGCGCUGCCCUAAUCACAUAAGUGUCAGUUUAGGAGCAUGAACUGUUCAGAUCAAUGUCAGAUCAGCUCAGAUUUGGUAAAAAAGUCUGAUUUGGGUCACUUUUACCUGCUGUGUGUAAAGAGCACUUUUUCAGGCUCUCAGGUCUGCUCUGCCAUUUAUCAUCUUUAACUCAUUACUGCAGUUCUAUAGUCAACUGGUUGACGCUAGUAUGUGCUUUUGUGCUAUGAUCUGAACAAGAUCAGCAAUUCUGCUUCCAUAUUAAUGCUGAUUAGUUGGUCUUUUCAUGAUACAAGAAGCUCUGAUUGGUCAGAAUUGUUAUAAUGCUUCUGUACAACACAGAAAAUCAAAUAGGUGCCAAAUCAAACAGUUUCAAGCUUGGAAAAGUGUGACAUAACCAAUAUUCUCUUUUUUUUUUUAAAUUUG